GUCUUCUAACAUGAAGAAAAAACUGAAGUUGUUGUGCUAUUUCCUCGACCGGUAACGUCUGAAUGCGGAAUGGAGAGUUCAUCGGUGUACAUGUGCUUCCCCUGCUACCAGGAGUUCGGCACCCUGGAAGAGGUACUGGAGCACCAGUUGACGUGCACCGCUGAGGAUGAACAGCCAGAAACACCUGGAACCACCUCCGUCACUGUUCCGAUCCUACAGAGUCGGCAACAGGUAAUAAAUAUAUCAAGGGCAGUUGCUGCACCACAGAUCCAAAUCCAAGCAGGACACUCCUCCGUGCAACCAGCUAAGAACGUUCUCAAGCAGGCUGCGGUCAGUGCGAACGUGACAUCAGACCAGCCCAGAAUCCUCUAUCAGUGUGGAGACUGUGAUGAACUUUUCAAGAGCCUGGACCUUUGGCAGCAGCACCGAAAAGAAGGGACGUGUCAGCAGUCUGCCUCCGAGAACCAAAAACCUCCACCAGAGGAUUCACAGCCUGAGCAGGAACAUACACAACCUGAGCCAGAACCUACACAACCUUCACAACCCGAGCCAGAGGCCGCUUCAGCUCAGAGCUCCAAUUCAACUGUAAAUCCAGAUUAUUCUUCUCCCUCGAAAAGUGAAAACGUUAAACCGGAGCCAGUAGAGAAUUCCAUAGCAGAAGAAGAGAGUCAGCAAGUUGCAGAGACCUCUUCAGCUCAAAGCUCAGAUCCUCCAGUUACUGUGGCAGCUCCCUCGACCUCGAAUCAAGACGAUUCCUCUCCCAGGAGGAGAGGGGCCAACAAAAAGCCAAAGCCCGAACCGGUGCUCCUGUGUGUGGACUGUGGCUCAUGCUUUGGCCUGGUGUCUGAACUCGUGGCUCACCGCAGGACCCAACACGGCUUUGAAGAGGCGCUGCACCGCUGCUCUGUGUGCGGGGAAAGCUUUCUAAACACCACCCUUUUUCUUUACCACCGCAAGCAACACCGGCAGAAAGGCGAGGAACGGGCGGAAGGGGUUCCUGAAGAGACAUUGGAGGAAGUUCAAAACAACGGGACUGAGGAGCAGGGCCAGGACGCCACUCCUUCCAGCAUGAGCAUCACCUCCAGUUUCACACAGCCUGAGUUAUUCAUGUGCACACAGUGUGGAGAGAGCUUCAGCAAUGUGGAAGGGCUGGUCAGCCAUCGUAAGCUCAAGCAUGGCCUGGAGGAUCCACUACACAGUUGCUCCCAUUGUGGCGAGAGCUUCAUGAACACCACCCAGUACCUGUACCACCGCCGGCAGCACCGCUUCACUUCAGUGGCAGAGGUGGCGGAUGGAGGUGAAACUGGUGAUGGGACGACUAAACCUCAGGAUGCCCCACAGAGCUCAAAGCGGCUGCUUUCCUCGCCUGCCUCUGCUGGUGAAUCAGCUUCACCUCUUGCUAAGAGAAAUAAGCCCUCUGUCAGGAUCCUGAGCGGCGUUAGUGCACUCAAAGGAAACAAGGCCACAGAAUCAGAGGGCAGCACAGCGGCAGAUUCGGACAACACCAACCACCCUCCACCCGCCAAGCUGCUGCAGGACUGGGCUCGCACACCACUACCCCAUGUUUGUCCGUACUGUGGCAAAACCUUCACCCGGCGCGUCUUCCUCCGCACCCAUGUCUACAGCCACACGGGAGAAAAGCUCUUCACGUGCAAGGUUUGCACAAAGUCCUUCACUAACUCCCAGAGCCUGCUGCGCCACAGCAUGAGCCACACUGGCAACAAGCCAUUUGGCUGCGAUGAUUGUGGCAAAAACUUUUCCCAGGCAGCCACCCUGAAGAGACACCAGCGCAUUCACUCUUCGACAGAGCCUCGACGCAAGCGUGGACGCAAGCCGGUGUGCACUUUGGACAACGAGGGAGCUGCUCAUCUCUUCUUUUGUCCAAACUGUCCGUCACGGUUUAACACGGAGGAUCAGCUUGAACAUCACAAACUGCUCCACACCAGCCAUCCAUUCCCUUGCCCCGAAUGUGGAGAGGCCUUCAAACGCAGGAAAGACCUGGACUUGCACUCGCUCACUCACCAAGACAAGCAGCCAGCGACGUGCCUUCACUGUUCAUCCCAGUUUGUGAACCAAUCAGUGCUGGAAAUCCACAUGCAGCGUUGCCCUACCACAGAGGAGGAGAAGAACACUGGUCGCGGACGGGGUCAGGGUCGGGGACGAUGCACCGGACAGAUUGAGUGUGACCUCUGCGGCCACCGCUGCAUGACUCAGGAGGGCCUCGACCUCCAUCGGUUAUCCCACACGGGCCAGACACCUCUCAAAUGCCCGGUGAGGCCUUGCCGCCGCCGCUUUACCUCCAACAGUUCCCUGGAGGAGCACGUGCUGGCCCAUUUCCAAGGAACUCUUGGCAGGUCCAAAAACCGACCCCGUUUCCGCUGUCAGAUUUGCCACAAGGAAUUUGCCUACAAUUCCACCUUCACUGUUCACAUGAGGACACAUACUGAUGAGAGGCCUUUUGAGUGCACUACAUGUGGCAAGCGUUUCCGCCAGCUGCCCCAUCUGCAGGACCACGAGCGCAUCCACAGCGGCCUGCGGCCUUUCUGCUGCUGGAUUUGCGGCAAGAGUUUCAGCGUGGCCGCCCGGCUCACCGAGCACGCUCGCACCCACAGCGGGGAGAAGCCCUACCCCUGUCCCCACUGCCCCGCUGCCUUCCGCUCUCGCUCCAACCUGGAUAAACACAUCCGGCUACACGGAGACCUUCCUGUGGAGAACGCUGAGCAGGCAGCACAAGCGGCGGAGGCUGCGCAUGUCCAGAAGGUGCUGGAGGGCGCCAAGGUGCUGUCUUCUCUGGCCACCACAGGUGAGAUCGAGUCUGGCCAAGUGCAGACCAUUUAUGUACUGCAGGGAGCCGAAGGAGGUACGGAGACCGUCAUGAUCCCGUCUGAUCAGCUUAGCGGCAUAGACGGCGCCUCGCAAGUCGUCAUCCUGCCUUCCUCCGUUCUGGGAGCUCAGGGAAUUACUGUUCCCACCAUCACCAUGGAUGGCAGUGAAAUCACCAUGGUGGAGACAAGCCAGUCGCCGCAGCACGCCAUCGAGUUCAUUGUGGAGGAGACUGUUUAAAUGUAAGACUAAAAACUAUUGUGGAAAGGACAACACAGUAGAAAGAUGAAAGAUUAGCUGAAAAUAUAGACUAUUGGAGUAAAGUUUGGAGUUAUAACCUCAUAUGUAUAUAGUUUGAUAGGUUUCUAAGCCUGUUUCAACAAAAGUCCCAUCCUGUGUAGUGAUAUAAUUUUGCAUUUCUUCAGCAGAAAAAUUAAUAACAUUGUUCAAUGUAAAACUAAGGAAUUAAAGAUUCACUGACAGAUGAAACGCUCAGAACAGAAUGUACCCCAAAUGAGUCUUUCAAACUGAUUAAAAACAGAUUGUAAAAUUGGCCUUUGAUUGUAUACAGACGUGUAUUUACAGACCCUAUUUAUUAGGGGAAGACAAGUGGUGGCCCAUGAAAUAUCUUCUGCUUUCUUUAUAAUAAAACUCUUCAGCUUUCA